GUUACCUAUGGUUUUGUAAACGGAAAAUUGUAUUACCAAAAAAUGCUACCAUUUCCGCGAUUGUUAAGUACCUUAAAAUGGGAUAAAAUAUUUGAAUAAAUUCAGUUUAGAGUCAAAGCUACUAAACCAAUUUAACGACAAAAAUAUUGAACUGCAUAUUUAUGUAAUUUGUUUGGGAACCCAAGAUUCGCUGAAGAUUGAAAAAUCUUCGUUUCAUGUACAUAUUUACGUUUUUGUUUCCUUUUUUGAGUGAGUGCAGGAUUAAAGUUCUACGAAGGGGAAUAAACAAAACAGCAUACCUGCCAUAAGAGAGAGAUAAAUAACGUUUGGUAAGCAUUAAGUAUCGUUUUCUCCUUUUCUCGUGUAAUUAAAUGCAUUGAAUAGAUGCAAUUGUGCCGUUUCCGUUUUUAAUUGCCCUGAACGAGCGAAUACACAGUAGAGCAAAGCACAAAGUACAAACGAAAAAUUGGCGAUUGUCGACUGUAGCGAGUAAGCAUUUUCAGAGAAUUACCAUUCCGUAGUAAGUUCAUCGAGUACCUCGUUGUAGUGGCUUUUAACAAAUAUGGCGAUGUCCUGCCGAAAUAACAAGUGUUUAAUUUUGUGACUGGGUGGUUGCGUGUCGUACGAUUACAGGCCAGACAUUUGCAAUUAGAAAACAAUAAAACUAAAUGCACAUGAAAAAUAUGUGCGAUAGAAGUGCAAAUCAAUUUGCUUCCGUACAAAUAUAAAAUAAGUCAAGAAAUUGAACCUAAAACAUAUUGUGCGACGAAAAAAAACUUUGUAUGCAAAAGACUGCAGUUGCAAAAAGUAGCGCUUACAAAAGCGAAACGCCAUUAGUGCCGCCUUUCUAGAGUUGCCAACAAACAAAAUAAAAGUGUUAAAUUCCAGUUGCAGCUAAACUGACUGAAAGAGCUAAAUAUAGUGGAAAAGACUUCUAAAAAGUGAGCAAAUCGUUUUUUUUCGAGUAAGGAAGCGCAAGUAGUCUAUAGUGCAAGAAAGUGUGCAAGACACGACGAGCAAAAGUCGGGAGGCGCAGGCAGCCAUAGGGCUAGAAAGCACAAAGCAGCCAAUUAAGUCCAACCUGCAGGAAGAUUUAAAUGCAAAAGCUACUACGAUUGUGGGGGCGAUUACAUCUGUUUUCGCAGGAGAUCUGGAUGGCAGUAGCGAAAUAAACGACAGCAGUAAAAAUUGGUUGAAUUUUGUGCGAAGUGAACCACACACUUCCACAAUACAAUUUGUACGGCAAGCGAAUUGUGCCAACAUAGACAAUAACGUUGAAAAUAAUAUAUAAACCAAGUGGGACGUGUAAAAGCCAAGCAUUGAGUGGUCUUUUCGGCUGAAUAACCAAGGAGCUGUUCCAAACAUUACCAGCCUGUAUUUGAACACGAAAUCAUAAGAAGUAUAACAGCAAACCGACAACUCUGCAAUAGGAUCGACUUUUGACCAUAGACGCGGCAGCAGUAGCAGCAACCAGAGCAGUUGUGUUUAGAGCACAAAAUGUAUCCUGCACCGGUGCGUCAUCCCUCUGCGGGGGGGCCACCACCUCAAGGCCCAUUGAAGUUUACAAUCGUUGACACACUUGAACGUAUCAAGGAGGAAUUCAACUUUUUGCAAGCACAAUAUCAUACAUUAAAGUUGGAGUGCGAAAAGCUUGCCAAUGAGAAAACCGAAAUGCAGCGCCAUUAUGUUAUGUACUACGAGAUGUCAUAUGGCCUUAAUGUUGAAAUGCACAAACAGACGGAAAUUGCCAAGCGUUUGAAUACUUUGAUAAAUCAGCUGCUACCAUUUUUACAAGCCGAUCAUCAACAGCAGGUCUUAAAUGCCGUGGAGCGCGCGAAACAAGUUACAAUGCAAGAAUUAAAUCUAAUCAUCGGGCAUCAGCAUCAGGGAAUUCAACAACUUCUACAGCAAAUACAUGCACAACAAGUGCCCGGUGGCCCGCCACAACCGAUGGCUGGCUUAGCGCCAUUAGCUGGCCCAUUUGGUGCUCUGGGCGCUUCCAUGGGUUUACCACAUGCGCCACAAGGCCUGCUGAAAGCACCAACAGAUCAUCAUCGUCCCGACAUUAAACCAACCGGACUGGAUGGACCAGCUGGCGCUGAAGAACGUUUGCGCAAUUCAGUGUCACCAGCUGAUCGCGAGAAAUAUCGUACACGUUCACCAUUGGACAUCGAAAAUGAUGCGAAGCGUCGAAAAGACGAAAAACUACAAGAGGAUGAAGGAGAGAAAAGCGAUCAAGAUUUAGUCGUAGAUGUUGCAAAUGAAAUGGAAUCCCACUCGCCACGUCCAAAUGGCGAACACAUGUCAAUGGAAGCGCGCGAUCGUGAAAGUCUGAACGGUGAACGUCUCGAUAAGCCGGGCAGUAGUGGUGUCAAACCGCCAACAGACCGACCACCAUCUCGUUCCGGCUCCAGCUCUUCGCGUUCAACUCCCAGCCUAAAAACUAAAGAUAUGGACAAGCCAGGCACACCGGGCGCCAAGGCACGCACUCCCACCCCAAAUGCUGCCGCACCAGCACCGGGCGUAAAUCCCAAACAGCUGAUGCCACAAGGCGGACCACCGCCAGCUGGUUACCCAGCCUCUCCAUAUCAGCGGCCUGCUGACCCCUAUCAAAGACCACCAUCCGAUCCGGCAUAUGGUCGACCGCCACCACUACCCUACGAUCCGCAUGCGCACGUACGAACAAAUGGCAUUCCACAUCCUCAAGCGUUAACUGGUGGAAAGCCUGCUUAUUCGUUCCACAUGAACGGCGAAGGCAGCUUACAGCCAGUGCCGUUCCCUUCAGACGCACUGGUCGGUGUCGGUAUACCACGACACGCCCGACAAAUCAACACUCUAUCACACGGCGAAGUCGUGUGUGCCGUCACCAUUUCGAAUCCCACGAAGUACGUUUAUACAGGUGGCAAAGGCUGCGUUAAAGUUUGGGACAUCUCACAGCCGAACAAUAAAAAUCCAGUCAGUCAAUUGGACUGUCUGCAACGUGACAAUUAUAUACGCUCCGUUAAAUUACUGCCCGAUGGUCGCACGUUAAUUGUGGGCGGCGAGGCGUCUAAUCUCUCCAUAUGGGACUUGGCCAGUCCGACGCCACGCAUUAAAGCCGAAUUGACAUCGGCAGCGCCGGCUUGUUAUGCGCUCGCCAUAAGUCCCGAUUCGAAGGUGUGCUUCUCGUGCUGUAGCGAUGGCAAUAUAGCCGUCUGGGAUCUACACAAUGAAAUACUGGUGCGUCAAUUCCAAGGACACACUGAUGGCGCCUCAUGCAUCGACAUCAGUCCGGAUGGUUCACGUCUGUGGACUGGCGGACUAGAUAAUACGGUGCGUUCAUGGGAUUUGCGUGAGGGACGGCAAUUGCAGCAACACGAUUUCAGUUCUCAAAUAUUCUCGCUGGGCUAUUGUCCGACAGGCGAAUGGCUCGCUGUGGGUAUGGAGAAUUCGCAUGUUGAAGUGUUGCACGCAUCCAAACCAGACAAAUAUCAGCUGCAUCUGCAUGAAAGCUGUGUGCUCUCAUUGCGUUUUGCAACCUGCGGCAAAUGGUUCGUCUCCACUGGUAAGGAUAAUCUAUUGAAUGCCUGGCGAACACCUUAUGGCGCUAGCAUAUUCCAGUCGAAAGAAACUUCAUCCGUACUUAGCUGCGACAUAUCAACCGAUGACAAAUACAUAGUGACGGGCUCCGGCGACAAAAAAGCAACGGUUUACGAAGUUAUUUACUAAUAAGUUUUCUUUUGUAAAAGUUUGCUAUCAUCUAAAGAAGAAUAAGGAGAAAAAGAACGCAAUGUUUUCUUAUGUGCAAACAUUUAAAUAUCCACACUGCUACAUACAUACACUAACACACACAUAUACAUGCAAAUGAGCCUACGCAAAUAAGUUGCAUAAAAAAUGCAAAAUGUGUGUGAGUGCAACGUGAAUGCAAAUGCCGUUGCGAAAGGGCAAAAGAACACAAAAAUAAUUCGCACUCUACAUAGUGGCUUCGAUAGGACUCGAGAGAAGCAAAGUCAGGCAAAAUAAGAAUAAGAAAAACAGAAAAAAUCACUUGAUUAGUAGGAGUACUAAAGCACAGGAAAUUUCGGGCAUAAAAAAAUAUAUUGAUAUAAUAAACGGACAUACACAUGGAGAGAGCAUGGAGAGAUGUAGCUGAACUUAAAGAGCAAACAGUGGUUUAAGCAAAGGAGGAUAACAAAAGAUAAAAGAAAACGAAGAAACACGAGUUAUAUUUGAAAAUAUAUAAUUAUAAAUAAUAAAAUAAACAAAUUGUAGAUUAUAAGUAGCUGUAAGUAAACUAAAGUUAAAGAGACAAGAGAAAAACAUAAAAAUAAACGAAAAAACUAAGCAUACAAACGCGCAGCAAGAGUAAAGCAGAAAUUAAAUUAAAUAUAUUGAAAAGAAACAAAAAAUAUAUAGCAACAUCUUAGAUUAAGCAGACGAAGAAUAAAGAAGUAUGAAUGUAGCUGCCUGAAGAGUGCAGCUCCGAGAGCAGUUAAACUUAUCUUGUUUGUAAUGAGCUCGGCUUUUAAGUGAGCCACGUGGUGGAGGCGGAGUUAAGUAGAGAUCAACGCUAGUGUCUAAUCGAGCGCGCCGCCAACUAAGAAAAGGGCUACCCAAAAUUUUUAUACUAUAUUUACUUAUUGCUGUUGCUCACAGUAGGGUGGCGUUGGCACACAGCUACUACAACGACCACUGCAAUGAAUGCCACUACCAAUACAACAAUAACAACAAAAGGAGCAAUCAACUUGAAACAUUUUAUUAUCACAUAUUUUAUUGAAGUAUGUAUAAUUAUGCAAAUUACUAAAGGAAUGUUAAGAAAAAGCAACAAACAAACAA